AUGGAGGUAAGUCCUUGAAAUCAGUAAAUGCUCGGCUUGAUCAUGUGUUCAGGCAAUACACAGCAUGUGAUCAUAGCUAAUCAUUGAUUGAAUUGAUUAGAACAGCUGAAUUUGUUAGUUUAACUAUCACUUGCACGCCCAUUGUACUUGAGCUUAGGUAAUUAGUGCACCAAGAACGUGUCUAAGAUGAUGUUAGAGCUUGAGCUUCGAGAGUGGACAUGUUUUUUUUUUCAAUAUCUCCAAUAUUGAUGGAUUUUAUAAUAGCCCUUUGGCCCAUGUGUUGCUAUAAUUCCUCUUGUAAAGCUCAAUAAUUUUGUGAAAUCUGGUGAUAAGAGCUUGAUUAUGCAAAUUUUUUAAGUUCCUUUCUCACAGGUUGGAGUGGCUCUUAAAGAGCUUUCAUUGUUUAAAUUUUUCAACAUGCUCUAAGCUGCAGGAAAGCUUGAGUAAACUAUUUUGAUCAUUAUUUUUAUGCCUGUAAUGUUGGCAUAGUUUUCUGGGUAAAUACCUUUAUAUCCAGCAACGUGAUGGCUUAUCAGAUUAAAGUUGCCAUAACGUGACUUUGCAUUGGCAGCUGGUUUCAUACAGUCAGUCAUUCAUUAAUCUCUUGAUCUUUUGAGAAGCUUAAAAAGGGUAUAGGACUUCAAACAGUGGUUACAUGAAUUCACAAUACAGCACUUGAGAAAAGAUGGGAACUUUCAAAGAAAUGAUGACGACUUAGAAUGGCGAGGAUAAUUAUGGUGGAUUGUAACACACUUAAUGUCCAGGACCUUUGAACAUGGCCAUGCAUUUGUUUAUUACAUGUACUUGAACUGCUUUUGACUUUGUUUCGAGUAACAGUUUUAUAGUCACAAUCGUAUUAUAAAAUUUACAUCACCCAAAAAAACGACGUUCAUUGUUGUGAAGACAAAGGGUCUUUGUUAAUUUGGUUUGAGUUGUUUUGAUGUGCCAGGACUAAUGUUGUGCAUCAUGGGAAGGACACUGGGGUUUAAUUACAGCAUUGCAGUAUUGAGCUUUCUUUCGAGCCAUAUUUCAGUAAUUUUUGUUUUAAUGUGUAUUGCGGUAUCGUCUAGCCCUCUGGUAUGUGGUUUCUCAUUAUUUUGACUAACAGUGUUGUAAAAGAAGAUAUUUCACCGGUACCGUUCAUUUGCAUUCUCCUGUCUAAUACAGGUCAAUACAAUAUGCAACACAAAACACAAUAAGCAAAACAGGUUAAUAAAAGUAAAUGUUUUUAAGUCUUCAGACAUAUAGAGGAUAUUACAUGACCACUUGGGGAUACCAAUUUUAUCUUCGAGUGCUGAAAGUAUCUCUCACGAGUGAGCGGAGCGAACGAGUGAGAGAUACUUUCAGCACGAGAAGAUAAAAUUUGUAUCCCUAAGCGGCCAUGUAAUGUUGUGUUUAUUUUAUAGAUACUGAUGAAAUUCCUACAUAAAACACAACUUUUGUUUUUAUUCAUUUUCAAAACAGCAAAUGUUAUGAAACUCAGAUAUAAAGUUAUAAAGGAGAAAUAAAGAAAAUGAUACUUAUAUUUUCUGUUCCAAAAAGUCAAAAUUCUAAUGAAGAAGAGAAAAAUUCUAUAACAGCAAAAGCGUAUGUUAGUUACCAUGGCGACACCAAUAUCCUCACACGUGAAAGAUAAAAAUAGUAUCUUCACUGCGCACGAUGAAGAUAUGAUUUUUUAGUAAAAGGAAAAAUCCUGGUAUUUCAUCAGUUUCUAUAUAAUAAAAUAGUAUACAUUAUUACAAUGUAGUUUGAUUCUCGUGAGUGACCUCCUCCCAUAAGCGACCAAUAAAUCUUCACAUAGUGGUUGGUUGCUAACAGGAGGUUUGGACUGUAGUAUUGAUUAGAUUUGCCAGUGAAUUUGGUUUGUCUGUAAAAACAAUGUAAUGUUCCUCUUUCCUGUUAAUAGUCUGGAUCCCCACCUGCCCUGGAAACCACUAAGAAAAAGGCCAAGGUCAAGAGAAGGCUUGAGUUCUCUGCUUCUGACUACAAGUCCAAGAAAAAAAUCCGUGUUAAGAGUGACUUAGUUAUCUCUGUUGGUCCUAUAAAUGAAAAGGAUGCAUCUGCUAGUGAUGAGAUCAUAGUAUCUGAUCAAGAGGUAAGUAUAGUUGGCAAAACCACAGUCCCAUUCGAUGUUCUUUUCCACAUUUUUAUACUAUUACUGGGGCGAGGAAGAUCAUUCCUUAUACCAAGGACUGCAUAAACCCUAACCAAUGUGUUUUUUUUUUGUUAGCCUGUGGAAGAAUGUGCAAUUGGCCAGUUAGUUUGGGGCAGAUUGAAGGGCUAUGACUGGUGGCCUGGACGCCUUGUUUCCUACAUUGAGGCACAAAAAACUCCGCCUUCUACAAAUAAUCACUGGAUCAGGUGGUUUGGGGAUAACAAGUUUUCGCUGGUUUGUAAAUUUGUUUAGUAUACAUGUAAAGUCAAAACUAGCGAGUGAGCACAGCCCUGACUCUCAUAGUCAGACAGCUGUUUUCUCUGCAAGAUUUCAAGAUGGUUUUUACAUCCAACUACAUCUGCAUCAGUCUCAAAUGUUAGGAAGACUGUAGACAGUCUUUACACGUUUUUAGUCCUGUGUUUCAACCAAGAAAAGUCGUCACAAUAUUUCUUUUAGUUUAAUAAAUUACCACCCUUUAAAACGUCCUUGGAUUGCAAAUUAAUUUCUAAUGCCUAAUAAGUCUUUACACCUCCCUGUUACUUAAUACCAGAGAUCCCCUCCUAAAUUUCUAUGUUCUGGUGUAAAGACUAAGCAAAAUACAUAUUGAAGUCUGUUUUGUGUGUUCGUUCAUGAUUGUACAAUGUAAUUGUAUAAACACUUGUCCUAGCUUCCUGAGUCAUGUUUACGCCCACUGUCCAAAUUCAGAGAAAGUCUCAACCGUGGAAAAUUGAGAGGAAUUUACAAGAGAGCUAUUCUUGAUUGCUUAGAGGUAAGGUUGAAUGAACAGUGUAAUAUGCAUGACCAUAGUCAGAGUCCUGUUCAUGUGGAAAAGGUUUAUUUUCUGAUACAAAUUUAUUAUGUAGUACCUUCAUUUUAAUUAAAACAAUGCUGCAAUCCUUUUACUUCUCUAAGCAGGCUAUCAGCUUUCCACAAUGCUUAAAAAAAUGCAUAAUUAUGGUAAAUUUUGCUUAUCUGGGGUCAAUUUAAUAACACUUUUACAAGACUAGUGUAAUUUACAAGUGUAGCUAUUGUUUUAGAGUCUCAAAAUAAUAGCUUGUAAAUUAGACUUGUAAAAGUUUUAUUAAAUUGACCACUGGUUAAACAAGUGCAGGAGUGGCCAAUCAAAAACUGCCUGUCUCAGACUGGUGGUUUAAUGCUUAAUCUAGUUAACUGCCUUGCUGAUAACUUUAGCUUUUAAGAAGUCCAGAGCAUUUAGCCAGUCUUAUUUUGUUCAAGAAAAUAGUGAUUGUGGAUUGAUAUUAAUUUUUAUACUUUCCAAAGGUGGCUGCUAGUAGGUGUGGAAAAGUAUUCUCCAAGAGUCCAAAAAACCAAGCAGUGCAAACAAAAAAAAGCAGCAGAACAAGGCAGACAAAGAUUGACGCAAAUAAGAUUGCCAAGCAGCAAAAGGAUGAAGUACUUACUGAUAAAGAGAAGCAGGAUAUGAUGCUAGAAUGGGCAAUGAAUGGGUUUAAACCAAGUGGCCCUAAAGGUUUUGCUCCAACUGAAGGUAAUGGAAACACAUGUGCAUUGAUUGCGGGCGACAAGAGCAGCCAGCAAUCCUAAUCUUCAGGUUGUCAUUUCACAUUUCACAUGCGUCGCAUGUAUGUAGCCAGCAUUCGUUUGGACUUCCACUAAGAAUAAACGGAAUGCACAGAAUACAGUUUGAUCUUGCGCGUUUCGACCUUCUACCCCUAGUAAUCUGAUCACGCAUGUUUUGACCAUCUGUCACGUGAAUGCUACGCAAAUUAGCACAGCGUUGAAGCAAAAACGUUUUGACCUUUGGUUAUUACUGGUAUAAGUACAUGACUUUUGUAUAUUUAACUCCUAAUGAUACGUCCCUUGAUUUCCAUGCAGCCUUUUAUGCACCAGCUUGAUUUCCUCCUACUAUAAUUAUGCCAUAUUUAGCCACAUCUCAGCCAGUCACUAAGAACGAGGGACCAGGGAUUUCCCCAACUACUGUCAUCAGAAAAAAAGUGGAAAAUAAAACCAAAGGAACUUCUGGAGCUGUUCACCCAGAAUGUGAAAUCUUAGCUGCACCCCAAAUAUUAUUAUUUGAAACCUAUAGGAACUACAAACGUACAGUUCAGGAAAAUGAUAACUUUGAACAUGAGUAGAUCAGCAGACGUUAUUGAUUAAAAAGUCAAGACUCUCAGCAGAAUUAUUAGAGUUGGAAAGUCCAUUUUUAUAGUUAACUAUAGUCAUGUGUUGAUUAUUGAUUGAGAUCUUUAAGCCAUACAAUAAUUGAUUAUGGAAACUGUCUAAUCGAUUAGCAUGGGGAAGAAAUAAAACUUCUUGUUGGCAAAUGAGCAUAUUAAAAAUUUGUGUGUUGUCUUUUUAAUGGCAUCAUAAUAAAAAAUUAAAGAAGAAAGAAAAUUUGAAUAAAUUCAAAAAGCUCUAGGCGAGAAUCAAACUCACAACUAUCCAAGUUCUACAUCUCAAAAUGCUCUUCAACCACUGAUAUUAUUCUAGAACUCUAUGGCCAGCAAGGUCAAAUCCGCUGCGGUCCCAUUUCUGAAACAUUUCAUGUUUUUGUUGUGUUUUAGAACAUACAGCAGCUGUCCUAAAUGGGAUUUGUACAAAGAGUUUUUUUCCAAUUAUAACUGCAUGAUAAAUCAGUUGGGUCAAUUCAAUUAUUUCUUAUGAUCGAUUGUGAGAUCUCAGCCAAUUCUCAACACUCAUUAACUGUGUUUUCCUCAUUUAAUAGAUGACAUGAUGCCCACCACACAUGCUACUGUUACAGCAGUAGUAGAUCUGGCUUCAAGUGACACAGAUUCAGUUAAUGUUGACUACAAAUCACGAUUUGGAAAACCAGUCAUGGAACCUAACCUGGCAGAAAAUAUAAAAGGUAAGAGUUUGCUUUUACUGGGGCUGCAAUAACAUGCAUUAUUUUUCAGGUACAUAGCAGUUUUGGUAAUAGUUAACGGUUACUUGUAAACCUGUAUAAGCACUUAGCAAAAUUAAUAAGGUUUCAAGUUAUACAACUAACAGCUUUAUCUUUAUGCUGUGAUUAAGUUUACUUUUCUUUGUUUUAUACUCUUUAAAAACUCUUAUGAUAUCAUACCCCAAAAAUGGCAGAAUAUAGAAUACUAAACCAAAGAUUAAAAUUAUGUCAAAACUUUGUUUACGUGCAAAUUAAAAAAGUAUCAAAAAACAGAACUUUAUUGUGUAAUACCCUUAUUUGUAGACAUUUAAGAAAGUUUUUGCAUAGAUAAGCCACGGCUUCACUCAUUUGUUUCCAUCUUUUUGUCUCUGAAUCAGCUCUUUUUAAUGAGGUGGUAGAUGGGAAAAAAAACAUUGAAGGUAAGCAGAUCUGAAAUAAAUACGCACAAAAUCUAAAAUAAUUGUUAUUAAUUAUUAAUAAUUACUGAUUUUCACAAAACUAGCUGUACAUUUUACAGAAUUCAUACUAUCCCUGGAAUUUCUGGAAAACUCCUGAAAAUAUCUUGGAAAUUAUUUCGUUGAUGCCUGUUCCUAUUAAUUAUGCAAUGCAAUGGACUAAUGUUUUUUUAUGAUAAAUUUAAAAGUGCUUGCCUCGCAGGAAAAAGCUGCAUAUUUUUAACACCCCUUUUCUCCCAGAAAUGUAGGUCUCUGGACAUCCUACCCCCCUCAGAAUUUCCACCAACCAUUUGUUUGGGGAGGGGCAAGUAUGGUUAUUUUCUGGAACCACACAUUCUAUUUUCUAUUUUUUUAAUUGGCCAUGGUGAAUCAAGGUGAUGAAAGGGGAUAAAAUGUUACUUGCGUCCAAGUUAAUGUUGCUCCCUUAUUGUUACAUGCCCAACCCAUAAGGGUUAAUGAGAUCACCAGGGUCUAUGCCCUCUACACUUUUCAAAGCAACAGUCUGUUUUCUUUUAUGUACUACAAAAGUCAUAACAGUAAGAGUGCUGUGAGAUUGGGACUAAGGUCUUCCAUUCUUAUGAGAGAUUACUAGCCAUUUGGAGAAGUCAGGGCAAAGGUUUUACAUUCUCCUCAGUUACUUUAAACCCUGAGUGUUGGUCCGGCUUGUAUUGGAACCCAUAGUUUGGUACCCAACCAACAGAGCCAGCCAUGCAGCAGUUAAUGAACCCUACUCCUGCAUCUCGAAAGAGUUGGUGAGACACGGUUACCACUGACAGUUUUGAUAUGAAUUAAUGUCAUAAAGAAUCAAUUUAGAGUUUCAGCAAAUUCACCCUGUCUUAUUGAGGGGGAUUGGUUAUCAUCUCAUUUAUUUCAUUUAUUUUUUUUAGGGAUCUGCUUGGCCUGUGGAGACCAUAGAGUUUGUGCUAAACACCCAUUGUUUGAAGGUGGACUUUGUAAGGAGUGUAAGGUACGUGUAGUUGUAACAUAACUGAACCCUUUAAGCCCCAAGAUCCAGAUACAAAUUCUCCAGACUGAUCUCCAUACAUUUCUUUUAAGAAUAGUUGAGAGAAUUUGGUUUAAGAUCAAGGCAUUCUCCCUUUGGUAAUCAAUUUGGUAAAUCUCAUAAGCUUUACUCUUGAUGAUCUGCUGAUGUUGGUGGGAGAAAAAUUGAUGUUGGUCACUCUUGGCAUCUAAAGGAUUAAUGCCUUUGUUGAGUACUAAACAGUUCAUUUUAUACACCACUUUGCUAAAAAAGCUGUUAUGCUGUGAUGUUGAAAAGAAAUUCACCAGUAACAGGUUUACAAAACUGCAGAAAACAAAAAGUAACAAAUCAAUAGAACAGAACAGAAAAUUACAAUACAACCAAGAGGACAAAGCAAGGGGUUGGUUAGGUAGGGUAACCGGUCAUUUCGCCCCAAGUCAUUUCGCUCCGGUUACUUCGCCGCCUAUUUUCCAGUCAUUUAGCGCGCUCCAAAUAUAAUAUUCCUCGUUCUAUAUAAGCCCUAAACCAAACCAAGCGCGCUUCAAAAUUAUUCCUCUUUCUGUAAGACAUUAACCAAAACAAGCGCGCUUCAAAUGUCAUAUUCCCCGUUCUAAAAUAGGGGGCAAAGUAACUGGGGCGAAAUGGCUUGGGGGUGAAGUAACCGUAAAGCGUUGGAUAGCCAUACACAGUGACACCUGUGUUAAGCAGACCCCAUAAUAGCUCAGUAUGUUUGAAACGCUAAGUAAAAUGAACCUGUAUUUAGUGGACAUAUCUUAGUUAAGUGAACAUCGAAGGUCCUUUGGGUGUCAGCCUAGUUUAGGUUUCACUGUAUCUAGUAAAAUCAUGGAUCUCUGAUCUGAAACUUUGGAUCUUGACUUCUUGAUGGUGAGAGUCUUGAAUUUAUUUUACCAUUAACCGUCCUAUCAUGGUUACUCCUCCAACCACUCUCAGCCCCUCCCCCGAAUAAACGGGAAGGGCGAGGGGACUGAUGACAGAGUGAAAGAGUCAGGGGCGUAGCGUGAGAUUUUGAAGGUGUACGCACGCGGAGAAGAAAAGUUGUGGCGUCGAUGGCGGCCCAACCUAGCGGGGAGUCUGGGGGAUAUGUUCUCCUAGGAAAUUUAUGGUCUCGGGAAUGCUAUUUUUUAGCGUUUUCCGAGGGACUUUUUCAGUAAAUUAACACAGGAAAAUACUGUAGUUAGUUGUUUAUAUACAUUGCAUGUUUACCAGGGAAAAAGAGGCCAGUGACGCAAUCAAAAUUGUGGAAUAAAAGAAAAGGGAAAAAGGAAAUGUUCAGACAAAGACUCCCGAAUUUAGUGCGAAAAAUGUAUCAGUCAUCCCGAUUUAAUGAUAAAAAAGAAAUAUAUAUAUAUUUUUCCCCAUAUUUCAGCCAGUACAUGUACGUACGUGCGUAUGUGCUUAUAUGGACGUUACGCUCUUGAGAGUAAUACUGCUCCUUCAGGAAGUUUAUUCUCAACCUGAAUUUACGUUUUCUACGUUGCUUGUACAGCAAUAAUACACCAUUAGAAAUCAAAGUCGAUGGCAUUAGGUACAUGUGUAAUGCUCAUUGUCUUAUGACUUGUACGGCCCCGCGCGGAAAACCAUAUGAAAAAAAAAAGACCCGUAUGAGGGCGGUACGCGUCAAGUGAUAAGGCCGAGAAAACGCGUACGGCCCUGCUAGAAAAGCGUACUAUUUAAUGCGGGCUCGCUCCGUCAGAAAAAUUCAAAAACACAACGGUCAUCUGAUAAAAAUGGUUAUUGAAUGAGUUAGGUCGGGUUAGGUCGUACAUUCUAACCUCAAGCCAAAUAUUUUCCCAUCCGGCCCUCUGCCUCAGUCAAUAAGUACAUAUUAUUAUGAGCACUGCAAUUAGGAAACAAAUUGGUGGAAAAACUGCGGUUAAUUAACAUUUUGACGUGUUUACCAGCGUUUUUUGUGCAUGUUUGUUUAAUUUAGACUUCUUUUCUGGAAAAUGUUUAUCUGUAUGAUGAGGACGGAUCGCAGGUAAGAUUUAAAGAACUGUGUUAACUUUUACUGACUAUGAUUUUGUAGUGAUCAACUGGCUAGCGCAAUCGAUAUCUAUCGAUAAAAUCGAUUGAUUAAAUUAAAAGUCGAUAAAAAUCGAUAGAGGAAAAGGUUGUUGCUAAUUGAUAAUUAUCGAUUUUAAUCGAUUUUCAACGAAUCGAUUUUAAUGGGUCCUUAAGUUUCCAUGUGCUUGAGCGGUUAACAUAGGAAAAGAACGUUGUUUCCGAAGUACAUUAUUUAUGUGGCCUUGGACGGAUAAAUUUGUAACGAAAUGUAUUUCACAAAUUACACUCAAUACUCUAACGAAACAUUUUCGGCCAAUCGACAGGAUAAAAAAGAGUUACAAAUGCGUUAAAUUAACAUAAACAACUUAUUCAGCUUGGUUGCAUUGGAAACUGUUCAAUUUGAACCCUACACUUUACAUUUCAAUUGGUGAGGAUACUGUUCAGAAUCCAGUUUGUCAGUAAGACCCUUGCUUCUUCAAAAAUCUAUGAUCGCAAAGCAUCAUUAAAAUCAUCCUGCAAAUAUGCAAAACAAAGUAGAUAAGCAACUCCGCAACUAAAUGGAAAGAGAAGUAUCGUGACCAAAACGCCAAUCGCUAGCUGUUCUCAAGUUUUUCAAAUGAGGCCCAGUUUUCAAUGCAUUGAUUGGGUUUUGAAUCCUGAAGAUAAUGAAAAAUCAUGAUAGCGAUAAUAUCGUUAAAAUCGAUAGCGCUCACGAUGAAAAAAGUUGUUGCCAUCGAUUUCUAUCGAUUGACCGACACAAUCGAUAUCAAUCAAAAAGUGAUUAUCAACAAUUAUCGAUUGGUUUUCCCAUAUCCGUUUUUAUCGAUUGCACUAGUCAGCGUGUCCUUAGCCUCCGUAGCUGGUCACACUACAGACUUUUUACCUAGGUAAACACGACUUGUUGACAGUUUACCUAGGGAAACUUGAUUUUUUAAGUGUGACCGAUUUUUCCCUAGGUAACUCACCUCGGGGAAAUUGUAUCGUCUGGGUCUUGAAUAUGUCUCGAAAACAAUAGAGUUUACCUUGACAGCUACCCCAAAGCAAUAGCUAGGGGAAAAUGAAAUACCGAGGUUGCUAGCCAAUAGACGCUCAUCGGCGAAGGUCUUGAUGACAGAACCGGACAUAGAUCACGCUGUGAAAGAAAUUUUGGGGGCACGAGUCGUGUACGUCUUCGCCUUUCUUCACCUUGCACGUUGAAUUAGCGUAAGAAAUAACAACGAGAUAAAAGAAAAAAACGUCUCUUUGAUCAGCUAGAUCCCUGUGCAUUUUGCCUUCUUCAAUUUACGGUCCAAAAAAUUUAACUGGCGUGAAAAAUUUGGGAGCCGAUAUCAGUAGUGUGACCUUCCCAGAAUUUUUACCUAGGUAAAACAAAACCCGAGAAGAAUUUACCUCGGGAGAUUUUUGAUGGAUUUGCCCUAGGUAAAUCGGUUUUACCUAAGUAAAAGUCUGUAGUGUGACCACAGGUAAUGUGUAGUAGUCGAGUGAGAUUUGGCGGCGGAGCCGUUGUAAUAUAGUCGACUGAGAUUUGACGGCGGAGCCGUCACGAGCGGCGAAGCCGCGAGAAAUACGGCCUGCCGGAGAACUACGAUUUUUCGAAUGCCGCCCACUUUUGUCACCUUAGCUGAUCGCAAUUAAAUCAACCAGUCAAAGAGAAACCUGCAAGUUGAAACUUCCGAUUAUUUUCGCGCGAGACAGUUUAGAAAUAAGCGUUGACAGGCUAAACACUUCUCCUAAGCUCGUGAUAAUGUGAAACGUGACCUUGUGAGUUUGGUUGAACAGCGGUUUUUUUAUUUUCUCGGCUCUCGCGCGAAGGUUACUAGCACUACACAGUGCAUGUAUCAUUCUAAACUUUGACUGAGUAAAUCUUUUUUUGCAACACCAGGCUUAACAUUUAAAGGUCGUGAAGCUGGUUUGUUACGUGCAUACUGAGUAACCAUUUCCGGUGGUUUAUUCUUCUGUAGGUGUUCCUGAUAGGAUUUGAUCUCAGAUGCAGUUGUAUAGUGUUUUAAUUUUCUUUGACCUUUGUUUCUUACGGCUAAAUAAAGACAAUUGCUCAUCUAACAUGAUUGACAUAUGUAUGGCCCUCGACCAAUCCGUUUCCCCGCACACUGGUGUGCGGACUAUUCAAAAUACCGGGGUUUUCUGGCAGGCGGUAUUUAAACCGCCUCGUCGCUACUCCCUUUUUUUUGGAACACAGCUCCGCCGCCAAAACUUUAAUCUCGCACCCACACAAUACCGCCAGCUACGCAGGCUAGCGUGUCCUUGAAUAGUUACACGUAUAAAGUCAACCACAAUGAUCGUAAAAGUACUAGUGCUUUUGAUUUUACCCCUGGAAUGUAGAAGGUUUUUUUUAGGGCGGACUGUAACACUCGUUAAUAUUUUUCUCCUUUUACAGGCAAAGUUCACACGCCACCGGGGCGAAUUUUCGACCGACUGACUGAACUGGACUGAACUGACUGGACGCUUUGUUCUCACGGAACAUUGUACGGCUAGGCGUCUAAUUUUCGUGCAGUUAAGGUGCUUCCGUGUGAUGGAAUCACCCAAAGGCCAAACUAACGAAUUUUCAACCCAUGCCAUGAGAACUUAGCCUCAGUGAAAAAUAUAGCUUGCGAGUAAGCUCUCCGGGGCGCUCUGGCGGUGGGGCGGGAAAACAAACGGAAGCUUGCAACUACAUCUCUGGAAUUUGAAGAUCUGCAUAGAAAAAGUCAAUGCGAAAUGCUGAUUGGCGAAGGUGACAUUAGUAAUGUCGUCAUUUCCCUUGGCACGUGUUUAUCAAUGUUGGUUAAUAUUCGCGCUCGUUUCCGCUUCGCGCUGAUUGGCGGAGAUCUGAAAGCUCAGUCGUCAGGGAGCCACAGGGAAAUUGGACGCUAAAUUCAAAUUCCAGAGAAGAAGUUGCAAGCUCUCCUUCCUUUUCCCACCACGCCGCCAGAGCGCCCCGGAGAGCUUGUUCGCAGGCUAUGAUAAAUAAAGAUGUUCGAGUUCUUCCUUCUAGAGAUGUCAUAGUCUCUCAUACCAUGGAAAACGCCUUAAACUUUGUUCUUUCUCAGCACUGUAUCAAAAAAAAAACGCGAUUGGUAAAAAUUCAGAUCAAUUUUUUUUAUGUUCCUUUUGUCAGUGGUUGAAGAUAUACAAGCUUGACUAAAUCUAAUGAUUCCAGGCUGUUCAUCACCAAUCACGCCAGUGGGAACUACUCCGCACUUUGUAAUCUCCACAAAUUAUUUUUCUUUAAUAAAUUAGAUGUACUGCACUAUUUGUGGUGAUGGAAAGGAGGUUUUUAUGUGUGACAAGACUGGUUGUUUUAGGUAAGAAAUAUUGGUUCUUGCACUCAUUGACGUUGAUAGUACCUUAAUGAAGGUGAAACGAUACGAUUUUUUUUUUGUUCAGAAUCACAUUUAGCCGGAGUCACUUUUUGGUUAACUUUCGCUAGACUUCCAUCUUUAAGAUAAUAACAUGUUUUGCGAAAACACCGAUAAAGAAAACCAAGGGCUGGUAAUUUUAAACGAGGUCAAAGUUAAACAUGGUCAAAAUCUCAACAGAGGAUUACCAGCUCUCCAGUAAACAAAACUUGGCACAGUCCAAACUCCGUUUUUGGCAAGCCUCAGCGCAUGUUUAAGUCCAUGGCAAAGCCACGCUUCAGCGUUUUACAACCUGGCUUAACCUAGCCAAUAGCCUACAGAAGAGUCUUUAAUUUUGAAUGUUUUUCACUCGAGGGAAGGCAAGCGCAAAGCUUCCCUCCCUUCGUGCGUCUCUCGCGCUCCAAGCCCGCUUCACGCUGGCUUUUGCUUACAGUACCUGAAAAACAUGCAGAAUUAAAGCCUGUGAACAGAUUAUCCUGGUAAUUUACCAGUGUACGUUUGUGUGCAUUUCUCAAUUUCUCAUUUGGGGAUGUUUUUCACCACUGUUAUGGGAAAAGUUUUAGUUUCAACGGUGAAGGUACUGUCCAUUGUUUUGUAGCCUCUCGUCUGUAUCAUAACAUAACAAGAGUAAAGCGCGCGCUUUCAUUGGUCAAUUACCCAUUUGCUAUAUAUUUGCACAUGGGUGAAUGGUGACAAAAGCUAGUGCGUCACUUUCUCAGCGGCUAAAUUUUUUUACCUAAUGGCUGGCAAAGAUUUUUGUCCUAAUACUGAAAGAAAGUUUACAAAGACCGUUAAAGAUAAAGUAAAAGUUAAACCUGUCAUGGAUGUGAUUUCACAGGUCAUACUGCAGUUUGUGUAUUGGUAUGCUAUGUGGUGUCGCUGUUGUAAAACAGGUAUUGUUCCCAUGAUCCUUUAUCGUUUAAAGUGAAUUAGUGAAUUAGAUUGGCAUGUUCAAAGGAUUUAAUCUGCUCUAAAGGGCGGCAUUUUUUUUCUUGCAGUGAUGAAACUAUUGCCACCUAUUAUGAACCCCGUAAAUUGCCGGCCCGGAAAGCGGGACGAAUUUUGCCUUCCUUUCUUAUGGAAAACGUUAGGCCGGUUUCUGUUCUUCUGGGAAACAGUUCGGUUACUGAACAGAGCUCGACCUUUCGAGUUUUACUCUCGGUAACUGGGCUGGAGUGAUCAUUCAUAAAAUUUCUGGCCCGGUUACUGAGAUCUCGGUCGCAGAAACUGAGAUCUCGGCAGCCGGGAUAGCCCACCAUUACAAUUUGAGGACAACAAAAUUUUUACAAAAGAAAGAGUAAUGACGCGAAAUCUAUGAAACCGGGGUCAUGUGAACAGGCUUUGAAGGCAAUUUGAAUGGUAUUAGAUAUUCUUCCUGAUUCCUGAUUGUGAGCAACAGGAAACAAAUUGAUGGAAAUGCAGCAGUUAAUUAGAGAAGGCAAUGUUUUUGUUGCUAUUAACUUUUUUCCUUCCGGACAAGUCAUAAAGUGUUUAUAUAUUUUUGUUGUUUGGUAGAUUGGCGCUUGUGAAAAGUGGGUGUGUUACAUGUGUUCAGGAAAAUCUCAGGGACUCAUCACACCUCGGAAGGACUGGUCCGCCGGACUACAGGAAUUAUUUAUGAAUGACAAGGAACAAGAUUUUGUAAGAAGCUUCUUCAUGUAUUCCGUUCAGUCACUGUUUACCCAGUGAUGAACGAAUAAUGCAUUUAACUCUCGCAUUUUCGACACUUCGUUAUUACAUACACCUGGGUGAUACGAACAGCUGUUAAAUCCCCGACAAAACUUGCUAAAGUUUGGCAAAGUUUCCUGUCCAUAGCUUCUAGGCCCCAACAACGCAUCAAUCGAAUUUUUCAAAAAAUGUGUAAAUAGGUAUUAGUCCUCCCAUGCAAAGGUUUUCUUUUCUUUUCUUUUUUUUUUUUUUUUGUUUUUAACGUUCUUCAUCCGUUAACCGUCUACGCGCACAGAGACGCAUUAUACGUCCACAGAAACUAACUUUCGAAGGACGUCGCUCAAGACCGAUUACGAUGGAUAUUUCGUGUGGAAUGCGUCUUGUGCCCGUCUUUGUUCGAGAGGUGCAUAACCAGACGAACUCCAAAUGUUUGCCCAAGUUCGUUCAGACGGAUUGUGCGUAUUUAAUGUAAACUGAAAUGAUCAAUGAAUGCAACAUUUUUACCUCCGCAGAAAGCACCCUACACUUUUCCAGCCCUCCCCCCAGAGGAACGUCGAUCCAUCAGAGUGUUAUCACUGUUUGACGGAAUAGCCUCGGGUAAGUACGAAAAUGGGCUCGCUUUAUUUUUACAUGUAAAGGAGACCGAGACCGCAAUUUUAUACGCGGUCAUCUGAGCCACUGGUAAGUCUAGCCAAUUGCAGCAGUGCUUUCUCCUCAGUUAUUGAAGAACCUGUGGUUUGGUCCGGUCGCGGGGAAUCCGCUGGGAACUUGCCGCUCUGUAGUCCAGCUUUUUACCACCAGACCUAAUCCUGCCGCGAUUUUCACAAAGUGACACCAUCGUGAAUCCAUAACUGAAAGAUAUUAACUGGCCAUUUAAUUCUAUUCUUUAACAGGACUUCAGGCGUUAAAAGAACUUGGUAUUGAAAUAGAACUUUAUUGUGCUUCUGAAAUUGACGAACAAGCCGUUCAGGUAAGUUCUUUUGUAAACUCAUGUACCCUUAUCUCUCCUCUAACAUAAAAAAUGCAGCCAGUUGAAAGGAUGAAAAACUGUUAAUUGUUGUUAAUAAACCAUUUUCAUGAUGACGUCUUUUUAGACCCUGUUUACACGGAGUGGGGGACCCCGGUCUACUGGGGUAAGUUUCUUUUGUUUUGUGUCCCCCAGAGCGUGAAAACAAAAGAAACCAACCCCACUAGACCGGGGUCCCCCACUCCAUGUAAACAGGCCCUUACUGCUAAAACCAGAAUUCGUUUUGUUUUUCCUUUCAUAUUUAAAUUUGGUAAUCCCCUGUUGAGGUAUAAAUAACAAAAGCACUGAAGGAUUCUGGUAGUAGAAAGAAGAAGAGAAGUAAAAGAACGCCAUAAUGCAAAUGGCCCAUUAUUAAAACUGUUAAUUGUUAAUUAAUUCAAAGUUAAUUUGAAUGGAAACCUUUUUGUAUCCUUCUGAGUCUUAAGUAAUCCUCGGCAACCUCAAGAAGACACUUCUGAUCACAUUUUACAGGUUUUUUCCCUCAGUCUUAAAGGAGCUGGGUCAAGCAGAGGGAAAUAUGUUUCAAAAUUCAAACAGAAAACCUGCCACCAAAUUGAGUAAAACAAAAUAAUCGCUCAAAACGUUAAAAGAAGGUAUAAGUAAAGCAAAGAACAAAAGAAGGUACAUAUGGACAAACUUGUGACCUUUUUUUAUGUUAUUAUAACCAUGUUAACCGUUUUUGUUCUUCGCCAGGUCGCUAAAGUCCAACAUGGUAGUAGAAUCUGUCAUAUUGGGGAUAUACAAAAGAUUUCUAGGGCACAAGUAAGUUAAUUGUGGAAGCUAAUGUGCGCUUUUCUCAUUAUAUAGAUUUGUGCUAGGGUUCGCGCUACUCGUUGGAGCUCUUAGAAGCUCUGGAAUUUAGUUUUAGAUUUCGAUGACGCUUGAAAGCCCACCUUGAAAAAAAGAAUUUCCGCUCAAAGUGUUUGAAUGGGAAGUGUGAUUCAAAGAUUAAGCAGAUUUGGGGCGAAUAUAGUGUACUCUGUGUGCGUUCGAAGAAAAAAGAAAGAAAAACCUGGCAUUUUUGUAAGUUUGGGAACUAGUACCUUUUUAAAAGCGGCUUUUUGUGCCUGUGGCUAAAAUUAAAAGAAGUUGUCAAAGUACCACUUGUAAUUCGAACCUGCUUCAGUUUUAUCGGUCAACCCGACACUACGAUUAAACGCUUCGACUAGAUUAGUUCCUUAAUUUUUAAAACCCGCAAUCGCGCCGAAAACCGCUACCCUCCUCUUUGUUCAAGCAACUACAAAGCACGGUUAACCUGUCAAACUCGUUAAAACCGGUUUGUGGUUUAUUCUUGUUUCGCAGAUUGAACAAUUAGGUCCAUUUGAUUUUGUUUUUGGAGGAAGCCCGUGUAACGACCUUUCCAUUGCAAAUCCAGUAAGAAGAGGAAUUUAUGGUAAGCAGUCCGAAAGUGUUAAGGAAUACCUUGGUGGAUGGCGCUGGUUUGAAUUGUUUUUCAUUUUUCAUUGCUGCGUUGUCGGAUUGGCUAAAAUAUUUCGCGCCACGUUAUCACUUGAACCAAUCAGAAGUGAACCAAAACCAAUCUAACUUGGGCGAACCUAUUUUCCCGCGCUUGGCCGGGCGCCGACCGACAGCAUGUGUUCCUCGAAAUCUGAUUGGCCCUUUUCAAACCUGACCCUGCGACUGAAACUUUGAGGGAAGGACCGCUUGCAAUGUAUACUUAAAGUCUAGCUGGAUUGACCACUCCGUAUCUUCUACCCCCCACUGCGCAUUCGACGUCUUUUUUGGGGAAGGCGAGUGUCUACAAUCAGUUGAUCCAUAUGCGUGAAUUAUGCUUGUCUUCUUGGUCGUGAUUCACAGAAAAGAGCCUCCUUUUUCACGGCAUACGUCUGUAUACUUGGUGACCAACGCAGGAAAAGUGGAUUAUAACCAUGAAAACAGAUCACCAAAACUUACCUACCAUUAAUCACUUGACUGAUAAUAGCUUUGUUCUUCACAGAGGGAACUGGUCGCCUUUUCUUUGACUUUUUCCGGCUUCUUGAAUACGCGCGACCCAAGUCAGAGAUGGAAAGACCAUUCUAUUGGCUUUUUGAGAAUGUUGUUGGCAUGAGAGCGGAAGACAAAUGUGUCAUUUCAAGGUUUCUUGAGGUAUGAAAACUGACAAAGGUCGCGUCGCUGUUUACACAGGGUAUCUAGUCUUCAUGUUCAACACUACUGAUUUUUUCAAAUUUGAUUCCGAAUUAGCCACGUUAGAAACGAGAAAAGAGUUGGAGCCGAAAUGCGUCCCGCAAUUGUUAGUAGGAUCGUUAUUGGGGACUGACCCGUCGACUAUUGGCCAAUUUUUUCCCCCUGUCCCUAGUAACAGUUGUAGAAGUCUUUGCGAAAAUUAACUCGUCCCAGUCUCCUCGUUUUUAAGUGGUCAAAUUCAGUUAAGUAUUUUGAUGAUUAAAUUGUAUUUACCCUUGCGUUAUCGUACUGCUAACUCGCUUCCAGGAUCCAACCCCUUCUUUUCUUAAUUAAAAAGGAGAAAAUCGUGUCAGGGUCCGAAAUUAACUUUUUAAUACGAGCGCCAACUGGCGAUCAAGUAUAAAUUUUUGGUCGCCAGAGGGCAAAUUGUGGUCGCCAAAAAUUCCCCCUCCCUUUUUUUCAAAUAAAAGUUUAAACACGAAUAAAAAAUGCAUGGUAUGGACGUUUUUGUGCUUAAAAAUUGCAAUACUUCCGCUCCCGAUACCAGAAAGAAACCGUACGUGUACGAGUGAAGUCUCAUCUUUUCCACAAAUUACUUUUUGGAGAUAUACAUGUAAAGCCAUCUGAUCUAGAACGUAGGAACAGAAAGCUGUCUGCCCAUGACUGCACCGGAUCAUAUCAAAACUAUUUUUCUUCCGAUAACUACCACAAAACAAUCCACAAAACAAUCCACAAAACAUAGCCGCCAUGUUGCUCGUACCAGGCCACAUUUUUUUGUGGGCCACAUUACUCGUAAUGGCGGCUUGGAAACGUUCAACUCGUAUUGAUAGUAGCUGUUGUGGAGGUAUUAUUACAGGAAGCUUCGUUUCACUUUUAAUUAAAAAAUAUCAGCAGGACAAAAAGUAAGACACGUGUUGGCAAAUAGCUUCAAGGUUUCAAUUCUUAAUCAGUUUCUCCGAACGUUUAAGUCCACAAUAACAACCAGCUUUACAAGUCGCUAGCUGGCGACCAGCUAUGAAAUUCUGGUCGCCAGGACUAAAUUUUUAGUCGCAUUGGCGACCAGGAAGGCGCAAUUUCGGACCCUGCGUGUUUCUAAUACUUUAUCAUGAAAAAUCUGUAGCGGAAAAUUUUCCAGUGUAAUUAAGGCUUUUAGAGUUAGCAAUAGACAACAAUUUUCCAUUGUCUGUACCCCUAUCGACGUUAGAAAUGACGUCAAAAAAAGUUUUGGAACAUUUUGACGUCAUUUUUAUGGUCGAUAAGGAUAAAGACCAUGGAAAAUUGUUGUCAAUUUGUUUUUUCAAUAACAUUGACAGUUUUGACGUCCAUCUUCGUGACAGUUUCUCGGAACAUCGCCCGAGAGAGAAAGAGAAAAACAAAUUGCGCCACCGGAGAUACACAGUCACAGUCAGGCAAAACCUGACUGACAGUCACAGUCAGGCAAACCUUGUUGUGACACAGUGUGCGCCUUCCCCCCAACCUACCCCUUUAAAAAAUCCUAGCUACCUCGUGACUGGCGAGAGUGGUUUUACGCCUAGCGCCACUCAGUAGCACAGUCACGAUGCGAAAAUUUAAAUGUGCUUCACUUGCGUUAUUCACGGUAUACCAACAAGUCUUUUAUGAUUCCACUUGCAGUGUAAUCCCGUUGUGGUAGACGCCAAAGACAUUUCUCCUGCUCACCGAGCGCGCUAUUUCUGGGGAAACCUACCCGGCAUGAACAGGUGAACCGGUUCAUGUUUUUCCUUCAAUCUUAUAGUCUGUAUCAUCGUUAGUGUCAAACAAGUCACCAUGCAGCUGGCCCCGGUUUUCAAAAGAUGGAUAGCGCUAUCCACCACACUUAUCCACUAUCCAGUAGAUAAGUGUUAGGGAAACUAUUUGCGCUAUCCAGUAGAUAAUGAUUUUUCCGGUGGAUAGCGCUUUUCACUUUUUGAUCAACCGGAGCCUUGGCAAUUUGUUUAAAGCGGUUAAGAUAACCAAGGAUAGCUUUUAGAUUUGAAUUCAGUACUAAGCGCUUACAAAGCAUAUUCAAGUAAAUUUUUUUGCCCACAAUUUAAUGUUUGGACGCGCCCAAAUGACUAAAUAUCUCAGAGUACGCUUUGAACAAAAGAAACAGUAACCGGGAUAAAAAUUUGUCGCCGAGUUAGCGAUAAUUGGCUUUCACACGGCGAAACGCGUUAUUACGGUGAGAAGUGUGAAGCUCCCGCCAAAAAGGGCUUCUUGAAAGACUAACGUUACUUACAAUGGCUAAUGAGAACCUGUCAGUUUACUGAUCAAUUGUGGUGCUUUACGCUUGAUCAUGCAGGCCAACCAUUCCUUUACCAGGCGACAAGCUGUGCUUACAGGAAUGUCUGGAACCAAAUUGUGGACGACAGGCAAAGGUACGUUAUUCGGCUCGAAGGACCAUCAUGAGUAUUCCUCCUUAGAUUCUUGGUCCAAAAGUCCCACCCUUCGAGCAGAACUUCGUUUUGUCUUCUUGAGUAGGAAAAUAAAGAGGGGCUCUGCCUGAGUCUUGAAUCGCGUCAAGCCUUUGAAGUCGCCAAAGCCCGAGCUUCGAUUCUGGUCUAGUUAAUCUUGUUCUCUGUCGUCAAACUGGUUAGCCGAGCAUCCGUUUAUUGACAAACCGAUGGUCAUCACUAAGCCUGAUAUACCUAGUGCACGGCUAUUAGGUCUAGGUUCAAAACAUUAUCCCAGCAAAAAGCAGCACAUGCUCAACAAAUAUCUUCCUCGAUUCAUGUGGAGUCUUUCUCGAGUACGCCAAAAUUGAGCAAGGGAAGGAAAGGCUUUGCUAGCAAGGGAAAAGUGGAAGAAGUUCCAAGGAAUUGUGUAGCACAUGAAACGAUGCCAAAAAAAUGCAUGUUUAGCAUGAGCUUCACUGUACAUAUCUCUGAGCUUGGCGAUCAUGUGAUGUAAUGAUCUCACAGGGCAACAAGGCCCAGGGAUCAUGAGCAUCCGAUAGUUUGUUGGUAAAGCGUUCAAGCUAGUCACCAGAAAACCAAAAAGUCAUCUGCUGUAGAUUUUGAACUCGGAAAUAUAUUUCUCUGAGAAGCCUUCGCCACUGGUUACCAGUUCUUUCGCUGCACUGCAAUGGGGCGAUUCUUCACCUUAUUUUAUUGAUGUAUACGAUAUUACUUCUGCUCAGUUUCCCCUUCUUUGCCCAAACGUUGUGAGCCACGUGAAAAAGCCUUUUAUGAUGUCCUUGCAAAAAAAAAACACCUCGAAGACUUGGCUAAGUCUUGUUUUUCCCAACCCAUUUCUUGGUGUCUGGAUCUCGGAAGAAACUAGCCUGAGAGCAGGCUAUCCAUUUGGGGAAUUCGCGAGAAGUUAUGAAGUUAUGCGCAGAUUAGAUUGUUCGCAGUCUAGUAUGAUCACUCCUCGUGUUUGAUAUAAAUGUUGUUGCUCAAUUUAUCCUUGGUUCAAGUUUUUUUUUUCGUUUCACUAUCUUUAUUGUAUAUUACUACACCCCCAAAAAACGCAGUUAUCGUGCGAAAAGAUUUCAACCGAAUUGUUUUUGUUUUCAGUUUACAAAGGUGCAAACCCUCACCACCAACGCCAAUUCUAUGCUUCAAACUAAGAAAGCCCUGCUUCCAGUUCAAUACAUUGCCAGUGAUGGACAGGAGAAAGAAGAUAUUCUUUGGGUUACAGAGAUGGAAAGGUAAUAUUCUACACUAUACCAUAAUUCAAGUUGGUUGAUUGUAUGUUGUUUUGUUUUGUCUUUUCUUCGCUGCAGUCUCGGUAAGUCCUAUUGACUUAUACCACAGACGACCCCAGUUUGAAGAUUCACAUUUUGAAACAUGUCGACCAUUAUAAAUGUCUGGUUGUUUGUUUUGUUCAACUUUAAAAUCCUAACUUCAACGUUGCCAAUUUUUCCGAAAAGGUGGGCAUUGUGGUAAGACUGACCAGUCCAAAUGUUGGAAAAACUAGUUCGCUGUUCAUCUUUGCAGAUAUUGUUGUUAAACACCGUAUUCCAAGAAAAUGGUGGCAAAUUUAGUCGUUCUGUUGUCUUCAUGAUGACUGGCCGUCAAUGUCUCGUACCAGGGUAAAAGUUCUUUGAAUUCUACAGAUGCAAUCAACUAUGAUCGACAUGAGAAAAAUAAUAUUGUCCCCUUUUUGGAAUAAGGUGAACACUACAUGAUUUAUCGACAAACUGGGAAACAGAUUUUUUUUCAAUCGUUUUGAACAAAGUUGAAAGCAUGUUGAACGCAUGGAAUUUCGGUCUGGUUAUUAAAAAGGCAGUGUUACCAAGAUUCAGUGCUACUUGAAAUUCAGCAAAACCGUCCGCAACAACGUAACGUAAAUCCGGCGUGCAAAGAAAGUAGUGUCCGGUAACCCGGGGCGAGUAGAUUCUCCUACAGAGCUAGUGAAUUUUUGCCCGACGGGCAAGUGAAGGUUUUUGGGGGAAUUCAAAUUGAAGAAUUAAUGCUCAUCAAAACUUUUUUUUCGCACUAGUUGAAAUGACGGCUUUUUGGCUAGUACAUGCCAACUACAGCUUGCCCGAAUGGCAAGCUGUAUAAAUGACUUUCUUUGCAGCUGGAAAUCUCCUCAUACUUUGGUAGUCUUUACACCAGGCCGUUAAGUAAGACUUAAGAGCUGCUAAGUUUUACUUAACCAAAGAUACGUGUUUUACAUCUCAGUAAAGUUGACUUGAAAACCAUCCUUAAAACCGACUUUACGAACUUGCGAACCAUGUCAGACAAUCUUAAUUAUGUUGCGUGGGAAAGUAGGCUUAAGGUAACCUGAAGUAAAAAGGAUAGGUUGGGUGUGACGCGUCCUGUUACUUAAAGAAUUUAAAUUUGACUUGUCUUGAAGUAUUUCUUAGUUUAUUUAGGCUCUAUUGUAAAGACUACCAUAGUGUUGUAUUGUCUUGUUAACAGUUACGUUGUUCAAGAGUGCGUGGAAACUGUUUUGCUGAAAAAAAAAACUGCCGACGUUUUCAAGUUCAGUGUUAUUCAGGAAAAAACGCGUAAAACACAUUGAUUGAUAUUUAUUCACACCUUGGAGCCAAAUAUAUUUAUGCUUUACACUUGUCCUUCAAGUCCAAUUCUGUGCAUCAACGAAGUGUACCUUUGAAAUUCAAGACGGCAUAUUGUACUUGAAAAGGUGGGGAAGUCCAGGCUACUGAUUCUGAUUUUUACAACCCACAAAAUUUAGAUCGUACAGGAAUUGGGACAAAAUAUUCAAGACUUGUCUGCAAAAAAUAACUGCUGUGUUUUAUUCUCAGGUUGUUUGGUUUGCCUUCUCAUUACACUGACGUCAGCAACAUGGGCCGGUCACAGAGACAGCGGUUGCUGGGGAAGUCAUGGAGUGUUCCUGUAAUAAGGCACCUUCUGUCGCCACUGAAAGAUUACUUCAAAUGUGAAUCUUGA